GUGCUGCGACGUAAAGUCUGUAUCUGUAUCAAUCACAUAAUAACCGAUAACCAAGAAUGUUAUCGAAUCAUGUAAUGUAAUUCGAAGAAAAUAACAUUUUCCCAGUCAGUUCAAAUACAAAAAUUGAUUUUUAUAAAUAAAAAUGUCAAUAAUAUUUCGGAGAAUUAUCAACAAAUUGCAAGGUAUCAAUUUUCAAAGUUUAAAAUAUUGUACAAUCGUCGAGAAUCAAGCAAAGGUUGAAGAUUUCACACCGACUAUAUCCAAGAUACAAUAUGACGACGAAAACAAUUUGUAUCAGAAGCCUCGGGAAGUAUGGUUAGAAAAUUUAGAUACUGUUCAAGAAAAGAAGCUUGGUUUGAUUACUUUACAUCCACAUAUUUAUGCUGCUGCGCCCCGUAUUGAUAUCAUUUAUGAGAAUAUAAGAUGGCAAAGAAUGUAUCGCUGGGUGUGUUAUGCGCAUACGAAAACACGUGCUGAAGUCAGAGGUGGUGGUAGAAAGCCUUGGCCACAGAAAGGAUUGGGAAAAGCUCGACAUGGAAGUAUACGUUCGCCACUAUGGAGAGGUGGUGGAAUAGCACAUGGCCCUCGUUCUCCUACAACGCACUUUUAUAUGUUACCAUUUUACACCCGUGUAGCAGGUCUUAGAUCAACGUUAUCAGUGAAACUUGCACAAGAUGAUCUUCAUAUAGUUAAGGAAUUGGAUAUUCCAACAUCGGAACCUUCCUACAUAGAACAACUAAUAGACGAGAGAAAUUGGGGACCAUCUGUUCUUUUUGUGGAUAGCUAUGAUAUUAUGCCUGAAAAUAUCACAUUAGCAACUGAUCAGAUUAAGCAUGUCAAUCUGAUGCCUGUUUAUGGUUUAAAUGUAUAUAGCAUGCUGAAACACAACACUCUGGUACUUACAGAAAAAGCAGCCAGGUUAAUAGAAGAGAAACUGCUUUAUCAUUUACAUAGGUCAGAUAGUACUAAAGUAUUGCGCCCAUUCAAACUUAGUCAACAUUAAAGAAAAGUUUUUAAUGCAAUUAGAAACUUAUGUUACAUGUAUUACUGUUUACAUAUAUACAGAUUGCUCAUGUGUGUACGCAUAUUUUAAAUAUCUGUAUUAACAAUAUCUAAUGUGUUAAAUAAGAUCGUCAUAUAAAAGAA